CACCAUGGGCAACAAGCAGACAGUCUUCACUCAUGAGCAGUUGGAAGCAUAUCAGGACUGCACCUUCUUCACAAGGAAGGAAAUCAUGAGGCUCUUCUAUCGCUACCAGGACCUGGCUCCCCAGCUCGUCCCCCUCGACUAUACCAGCUGCCCUGACGUGAAGGUGCCUUACGAGCUCAUCGGCAGCAUGCCCGAGCUGAAGGACAACCCGUUCCGCCAGAGGAUUGCCCAGGUCUUCUCCGAGGAUGGGGACGGCCACAUGACCUUGGAUAACUUCCUGGACAUGUUUUCUGUGAUGAGUGAAAUGGCUCCUCGUGACCUCAAAGCCUAUUAUGCUUUUAAAAUCUAUGACUUUAACAACGAUGACUACAUCUGUAUGUGGGACCUGGAGCAGACAGUGACCAAGCUGACACGGGGGGAGCUGAGCACUGAGGAGGUGAGCCUGGUGUGUGAGAAGGUGCUGGAUGAGGCUGACGGGGACCAUGAUGGACGGCUGUCCCUGGAAGACUUCCAGAACAUGAUCCUGCGGGCGCCCGACUUCCUCAGCACCUUCCACAUCCGCAUCUGAGGACACCAUGGAGGAGGAGCCGGGCUGAGGGCAGGGCAACCCCUCACCCCGCUGUAGAAUCUGAACUCGGAAUAAACACGUCACUAAGUCAC